AGCUGAAAGAGAUUUAAAUCAGUUAUGGAAAGUGGAAACAAAUUUUAUUUAUUUUUCUUAAAAAACGAAUUAAAAGCCUUUCAAUUUUGUUUGACCGUUGAUUUUUAACGUAGCAUUGAAGCUUUCCCCCAGAGAAAGAAGACGCUGAAGAAAAAAAAAGAAAAUUAAAAUUUCAGGAAGCUCGUAAGAAAGUGAAAAAAAAAAGAAAGAAUGAAACUUUGAUUCAAGAUUCCAACUUUGAGACAAGAAGAAGAACAAGAAGAGACAAGACAAAAGUUAGUUACUUUGUGUUCUUCAAUGGCUGAAGAUGUUUAAAAAAGUUAUGAUUUUUUAAGUGAAGAAAAAGCUCUUACAGAUCUGAGUUAUUACAUUUUCUAUAAUCUCAGUGAUCUGGUUUUGCGUGAGUGAUCUAGAAUUUGGUGGGAAGCAAUUAAAGUUUAAUUUUUUUUAAACGAUCUGGGGGGGUUUGAUCUACUCUGCUUUGUGUUGAAGCUUUUGGUGUGUUUAGAGUAAAUUAGGGUAUAAUCUUGUUAGCUGUGUGUGAUCUUGAGAGUUGUAACUUCCUUCACGUUUAGUGUUUCCUUUGGUUGGUAAAGUUUGGUGCUUUCAGGAUACUGUCUUACUCAAACUCUCUGCAUUUUUUAGGCUUUUGAUUCUUAAAAUUUAGUGUUUUUGGAGGAAAGAUUUCAAAUUUUGUUUUGGAUGAGAAGUAGAUUUUGAGAUGGCAACAUCACCGGUACAACCUCCGGUUUCUAAUUCUCCACCGUCUCCUCCGGUGGCUUCACCGCCGAUGAAUAACGACACUUCACCACCAGUAACAUCGCCGCUUCCUCCGUCAGCUCCUCCGCCAAAUAGAGCUCCUCCUCCGGUUGUGACUUCACCGCCACCGGUACCGAAUGGAGCACCACCGCCUAAACCACCUGAGAGCUCUCCUCCACCACCGCAACCAGUGAUCCCUUCACCUCCUCCUUCAAUUUCAUCGCCGCCACCACCGCCAACGGUGCAGCCACCAAGUAGUCCGCCUUCACCACCUGCAUUAGUCCCUCCACCUCCUGCUUCUGUUCCUCCUCCACGGCCUCCGCCUUCACCACCAAUCUUUGAACGUUCUCCUCCUCCUCUGCCGCCAUCAGAGCGUCCAAUUCAAUCUCCUCCUCCGCCUUCAGACCGUCCCACUCAAUCUCCUCCUCCGCCAUCAGAGCGUCCAAUUCAAUCUCCUCCUCCUCCUUCACCGCCUUCUGACCGUCCCAUUCGGUCUCCUCCUCCUCCUCCUCCUCUUCCUUCACCGCCUUCAGAACGUCCCACGAAGUCUCCUCCUCCACCACUAGAGGAUCCUAAACCUGCACCUCCCAGUAGAAGUCCAGAUACUCCACCAACAACAAUCUCUUCUCCUCCUCCACGUUCUCCUCCUGAAAUACUUGUCCCAGGUUCUGACAACCCAUCACAGAACAACCCUGCUCUUAGGCCUCCUCAUGAUACUUCAAGUUCAACUAAUGGUAGUGGACUUGGUGCUGGUGCUGUUGUUGGUAUCAGCGUAGCAGUGGCGCUUGUUGUGUUCAGUCUUAUUGGAAUUUUUGUCUGGUGCUUGAGGAGACGAGAGAAACGUCUUUCAGCUGUUAGUGGUGGCGAUGUUACGCCAUCACCAAUGAGCUCUACCGCAAGAUCAGAUUCAGCGUUUUUUAGGAUGCAGUCAUCUGCACCUAUUGUAGGUAGCAAGCGUUCUGGCAGUCAUCAUUACUCACAGUCACAAUCUGGCGGCUUAGGCAAUUCGAAAGCAUUGUUUUCUUAUGAAGAACUUGUGAAGGCAACAAAUGGGUUUUCAGAAGAAAAUUUAUUGGGUGAAGGUGGAUUUGGUAGUGUAUAUAAAGGGAUAUUACCGGAUGGGAGAGUAGUUGCUGUGAAACAACUUAAAAUUGGUGGAGGACAAGGCGACCGAGAGUUUAAAGCUGAAGUUGAGACUCUUAGCAGGAUUCAUCAUCGCCAUUUGGUUUCUAUCGUGGGACAUUGCAUCUCUGGUGACCGUAGAUUGCUCAUUUAUGAUUAUGUCUCUAACAACGACCUUUACUACCACCUUCAUGUUUCAAAAUCUGCUCUGGACUGGGCAACUCGUGUAAAAAUUGCUGCUGGUGCGGCUCGUGGACUAGCUUAUCUCCAUGAAGACUGUCACCCGCGUAUCAUUCACAGGGACAUUNCUCCUCCUUCAAUUUCAUCGCCGCCACCACCGCCAACGGUGCAGCCACCAAGUAGUCCGCCUUCACCACCUGCAUUAGUCCCUCCACCUCCUGCUUCUGUUCCUCCUCCACGGCCUCCGCCUUCACCACCAAUCUUUGAACGUUCUCCUCCUCCUCUGCCGCCAUCAGAGCGUCCAAUUCAAUCUCCUCCUCCGCCUUCAGACCGUCCCACUCAAUCUCCUCCUCCGCCAUCAGAGCGUCCAAUUCAAUCUCCUCCUCCUCCUUCACCGCCUUCUGACCGUCCCAUUCGGUCUCCUCCUCCUCCUCCUCCUCUUCCUUCACCGCCUUCAGAACGUCCCACGAAGUCUCCUCCUCCACCACUAGAGGAUCCUAAACCUGCACCUCCCAGUAGAAGUCCAGAUACUCCACCAACAACAAUCUCUUCUCCUCCUCCACGUUCUCCUCCUGAAAUACUUGUCCCAGGUUCUGACAACCCAUCACAGAACAACCCUGCUCUUAGGCCUCCUCAUGAUACUUCAAGUUCAACUAAUGGUAGUGGACUUGGUGCUGGUGCUGUUGUUGGUAUCAGCGUAGCAGUGGCGCUUGUUGUGUUCAGUCUUAUUGGAAUUUUUGUCUGGUGCUUGAGGAGACGAGAGAAACGUCUUUCAGCUGUUAGUGGUGGCGAUGUUACGCCAUCACCAAUGAGCUCUACCGCAAGAUCAGAUUCAGCGUUUUUUAGGAUGCAGUCAUCUGCACCUAUUGUAGGUAGCAAGCGUUCUGGCAGUCAUCAUUACUCACAGUCACAAUCUGGCGGCUUAGGCAAUUCGAAAGCAUUGUUUUCUUAUGAAGAACUUGUGAAGGCAACAAAUGGGUUUUCAGAAGAAAAUUUAUUGGGUGAAGGUGGAUUUGGUAGUGUAUAUAAAGGGAUAUUACCGGAUGGGAGAGUAGUUGCUGUGAAACAACUUAAAAUUGGUGGAGGACAAGGCGACCGAGAGUUUAAAGCUGAAGUUGAGACUCUUAGCAGGAUUCAUCAUCGCCAUUUGGUUUCUAUCGUGGGACAUUGCAUCUCUGGUGACCGUAGAUUGCUCAUUUAUGAUUAUGUCUCUAACAACGACCUUUACUACCACCUUCAUGUUUCAAAAUCUGCUCUGGACUGGGCAACUCGUGUAAAAAUUGCUGCUGGUGCGGCUCGUGGACUAGCUUAUCUCCAUGAAGACUGUCACCCGCGUAUCAUUCACAGGGACAUUAAGUCGUCUAACAUUCUUUUAGAGGACAACUUUGAUGCUCGGGUUUCUGACUUUGGUCUUGCGAGAUUAGCUCUUGAUUGUAACACUCAUAUCACAACACGGGUUAUUGGAACAUUUGGCUACAUGGCUCCUGAAUAUGCAUCAAGUGGAAAACUAACAGAGAAAUCAGAUGUAUACUCCUUUGGAGUUGUUCUGCUUGAGUUAAUCACUGGACGUAAACCGGUGGAUACAUCACAACCACUGGGAGAGGAGAGCCUUGUUGAAUGGGCCCGGCCUCUGAUAAGUCAUGCCAUUGAAACCGAGGAGUUUGAUUCUUUAGCAGACCCCAAGCUUGGAGAAAACUAUGUGGAUUCUGAAAUGUUUAGAAUGAUAGAAGCAGCGGGAGCCUGCGUGCGCCAUUCAGCUGCCAAGAGACCUCGGAUGGGACAAAUUGUGAGAGCUUUUGAAAGUUUAGCUGGAGAAGACCUUACCAACGGAAUGAGACUAGGCGAAAGCGAAGUCUUUAACUCAGCUCAACAGUCAGCAGAGAUCAGAUUAUUUAGAAGAAUGGCAUUUGGUAGCCAAAACUACAGUACAGAUUUUUUCACACAUAGUAGUUACAAUAGCAGAGACGAAAACGUGUAAAUAUCAUACACACAGAUUUGUUUUUCUUUUUCUUUCUUUAGCCAUUAGAGGCAACAACAACCCAUCAAUAACAUCCCAGUUUUGUCUAAAAACUUCCCAUCCUGCGCCUCAAACCUGCACAUCCUGUUCUCAAAGCAGAACCUUCACAGAGUGCUUAAAACAGUAAGAAUCUCUCUCUGGUUUUGUUUCCUUCUGUUUCCAUGUGGUGAAACUAAAGAGACUUUGUAGAGACAAAGGAUUACAAAGGAGCAUGUGGUUGAACAGAAAGAUGAGAAAAAGAGAUAUAUAGAUGGGUAAUAUACUUAUGUUCUAGGCUUCUGGCACAAGAAAGCUUCGUUUUCUUACAUGGAAAUACUUUUGUAUCUAUUUUAUUUAUACCUUUACCUUUACUUCCUUGUCA